AUGGAACCUCUAACACUCGCAGGCGUCAACAUAAUCACCCACUUGGCCCCGGAUAAACGCUAUCGCAUCAGCGUAGCAGUCUUCCGAUGCCGAAGGAUUGGGGGAUACGCCGUCCUACUUCUGCAGAAAGCCGAUCAAGGCCCAUCACAUGACUGGUGGAAUCUUCCAUCAGGUCCAGCUCUAGAAACUGAUGUGGCCAUGACCGCUGCAGUGGGGCGUAUAGUCUUCGAGAAGUCUGGUCUUGGACUCCGGUCAUACCAUAAACUCCAGGAGGUGGAGUCAACGGUAGCUGGAUCUGGACCCGAGACCAUCACGAACCUCAACUUUUUGGUCAUCGAUACCUCGUCCGAUGAAGUCGUGAUCGGCGAUAAGUUCUCUCGGUAUGACUGGGUGGAAGAAAAACGGUAUCACUCUCUCAACAUCCCUGAUGCAAUGAAGGAGGUGGUACGCCAGGGCUUUACAUUUUACCGGUCAACCCUUUGA